AUUUAAUUAAUAUACUUAUAAUUUAUUUACGAAGACCGUACCAACGAUGUAAACUUCCGGCUGAAUUAAACUGGAAAAAAAACAACAUUGAAGAUAAAAUGUACGCAUAUACAUCUACUGAGGAUGAUAACGAGGCAUAUCAGCGCGCAGUUAGAGAGAGAGCUAAUGCCAGUUUACAUGAAUUGGAUGACAUAUUAACACAUAGUCCAAAUGCAACUUUAAACACCAGUACACGAGCCAAAGAACAGCUUACUGCUGCUGUCCAUCCGAGAAAUCUACGUUGGUAUGAGUCUGAGGCCAGACCACAAAAGUAUAGAGAUGCUGCUAGUCACCUUCAACACAUCCUUAAAGAUGAUACUCAGACAUUGUUCCAAUCUCCUCCGAGAUACAGCCAGCCUCCCAGUGUCCCUCGAGGGCCACUACCCUCGCCAGAAGAAACUGCUUCUCUUUUACAACAACAGACAGCAUAUGUUAACCAGAUUGAAGCUGAAAAUAGAUAUAUGAAGGAUGAAUUUGCCACAGUAAGAAUAAAGAUAAGAGAUAUUUUAGAAGAGAAUCAGCGUCUCCAUGAAGAGCUCAAGAAAAGUGUUAUAGAAGAGAUAAACUUGGAUGUUGACUUUCAGAAAAUUACCACUGAUAUAGAUAGGUCUUUGGAGGCAGAUGCCAGUUUACCUAGAGGAAAUGUAAAACAUUGGCAGUUAGAAUUGGAAAAAUUGAGUGCUCUCCAUUCAGCUAAAACAGAAAGGUUGGAGUCCCAACUUACACAUACAAGAGAGGAGAUACAGAGGUAUGAGCAGAUUGUGGAGGAUUUACGAGGGCAGGUGAGAAUGCACGAGGCUAUACCAACACAUGAGGACGGUCUAGUUGAUAUGUAUAUGUCUGAGGCACAAAGGGGACUACAAAAUUCAACCAUAGAUAGACUUACCAGAGAGCGAAAUGACCUUCUUGAAGUUGUAGCAACCUUGAAACAUCGUCUGACAGAAAUGUCACAGAGAGAGGAGGAGGCUUAUCAGCAGAUGAAGAAAGGGAUAGAGCUUGUUGAACAGGCUCAGAUGGAACAGACCCAGGCAUUGAUACAGCGUGAACAGUUAGCGGAGGAGUUAAACAAUAUGAAGGGCAGAUUUGAUGCCCACAUACAGAAUACCCAACAUACGAUCAAUGAAGAGAAAGAUAGUGCUAGAAAAGAAUGCAAGGUUGUUAUUGAUGAACAAAAUACAAAGAUAAAAGAGUUAACAGAACAGAUGACAGCUGCCCAGAAUGAGAUGGAGAAAGCUUUGAGAGAUAAAGUUGAUCUCAUUAACCAACUAGAAGCUGCUAAAUUACAGAUUAAAAGAUAUGACCAGGAAGUCUCAAUGGCUACAGAGAAUUUUAAUGCAGAGAGUACCAAUGCCAAGAUACAGAAAAGUCAUGCUGUCAAUGAGGCCAGUAGACUUAGAUCUGAGCUGGACAAUCUGAGGCGAGAGAGAGAUGGGGAAAGAAGUAGACUGUUAUCAGAGUUAGAUGAUUUUCGUCGCAGACUAAAUAAGGCAGAGAGAGAGCUUGUCAACAGUAAAGAAGAAUGUAUACAUCUCACUGCCAACUCGCAAGCUCUAGAAAGGGAGUUACACCUUGCCAAAUUAGCUCGAGAUAGUGUUGAGAGAGGCAGGUCAGAGGAUUUAAAGUCAGUUACAAAAAGAGCUCAUGCUCGGGAAGAAGAGCUUGGAGGGUACAUUACAGAUUUAGAGGACCAGCAUUGUAAGUUAUAUAUAUAUACUAUUUCCAUUAGGGGUGUCACAGUAUAACCAUGUUAAACGUUUAAAUGACUGUACUUAUAUUUGCACUGAUUUAAAUUAUUAACUUUGUUUUUAUUAUAAGAUUUUGUCCGUAUUAUGUUAUACUC